AAUCUCAUGUUAAUCUCUUUCCAAACUUUUUUUAGAUUCUGUCAGUUCUUGUUAUCAACAAGUAAACCAACGUUCACUUCAUCGGUUUCAUUUAAGUGGCAUGUACUUACAAUGGAUGUAUGAGGUUGACCAAGAGUAAACAUUUGAUAAGAGCCAACGUGCACUUGAAUAUGACCAAUCAUUAUUUCACAUCUGCAUACAUAUCUCAUUUCAAAGUUAUUUUGUAAUUUGUAGAUACUCGUGUAGUCACUUGUGUUGGAUCUCCCGUCAUUCAGGAUACCUGUUUUAGUGAAUUGUUUUCGUGUUGUAGGUGUUUGGUGUUUUUGUGAAUUUUUACUACAAUAUGGGCUGCUGUCGGUGUUCGCCAUCCUGUAAAAAAUGGACAACUUUUGGUGUCGCUACCGCGUUUAUAAUCUUCGGUUUGUUUUUUUCAAUAUUUUGGGCAAUGAUUGUCAAGAAAGUCAUGAAUUAUGAACUUGGUUUAUCCUCAAAGGACACAAAUGCCUACGGCAUGUGGAAGGAAACACCAAUACCGAUCUAUCUCUCAUUUUAUUUUUUCAAUUGGACCAAUUCCGAAGAGUACCAAAGGAAUUCCUCUAUCAAGCCGCACUUCGAUGAAUGUGGGCCUUAUACUUACCACGAACACCACGUUAGGGACAAUGUCACAAUUAAUGAUAAUUCCACAAUUUCCUUUUACAACAGAAGGACGUGGAAGUUUGUACCAGAAAGAUCCGUGGGAGAUCUUACUGAUCAAAUCACGACUUUCAAUCCUAUUGUGGCAUCGAUAGCCAGUUUAGUUAAGGACAAAAACUACAUAGUACUUAUAGGAGUAGACUUUUUCUUGGAAGAAUACAAGAUCAAUUUGACUGUUACCAAGACUGUAGAAGAAUUCACUUUUGAGGGUUAUGACGAUCCUUUGCUUAAGCUAGUCCAAAAAUUAAAUAUAACCGGUUUGAAAAUACCCUUUAAAAAAUUUGGGUGGUUUGUAGACAGAAACGACUCAGCUCCAUACGAUGGAAUGUGGAACAUGGACAAUGGAGCUAAUUCAAUUGAUACUCUAGGCCUAGUUAGAAAUUGGAAUUAUGAAUCUCGUGUGCCUUAUUAUGAAGGGACGUGUGGAGAAGUGGAAGGUACUCAAGGGGAACUAUGGUAUCCUCCUCACGACAAAAAAACUGUUAAAAUUUUUUCAAACGAUUUGUGUAGUUCAAUCGAAUUAGAUUGGAGAGGCGACUAUGAAUACCAAGGAAUGAAAGGGCACAAAUUUGUUGGAACCGAUAAAGUUUUCGAUAAUGGUACCAAAUAUCCUGAAAUGGGUUGUUUUAAGGGUAAAGGAGUCACUCACCAGCUCUCGGGUGUCAGAAAUGUCUCACUUUGCAAAUAUGGAGCUCCAGCUUUAGUUUCAUUCCCUCACUUUUAUGAAGCAGAUCCCGCCUUUUUAGCAGAUAUCGAAGGUUUAGAACCAAAUAAGACGCAACACGAAAUGUUCUUAGCUUUAGAACCAGAAACAGGAUUACCCCUUACUGUCAGAGCCCAGAUUCAACUCAACCUCAAAAUGGAAAAAGUGAAACACAUUAAAAUUCUUGAAAAUGUUAAAUCGACAGUUAUGCCCAUGUUUUGGUUUUCUCAACAAGCCGAUCUUACCGGUGACCUAGUCGAUUCCGUUAAAGGAGUCUUGUUACUCACCCCUAUCGGUGCCUACACAGGGUAUGGUUUACUAGGCAUAGGAGUUCUCAUCGCCAUCAUUGGAAUCGUGAUAACCUUCAGGAGAGGCUGGCACGACAGUGAGGAUGAACUCCUACUAAAUUCAAAUACAUAACCUAAUAAUUAAUAUUUUUCAGCUAAUAGGAUAUAUGAUAAAGGGUAACACACUGGACGGUUACGCUUGAUUAAAACUUUUUUAAAUUAUGUUAGGCCUAAUAUGACCUUUCGAUUUUUAAUAGUGGUAAAUUGACUUUUUUGUGUGAUUUAGAUUUUUAUUAGAAAUUUUUUAUAGUAUUUGUUGGUCAAUACCUGAGCAGCUGUUGUAGAAAUUAGUAUAAUGAUACUUUUAGGAAAAGUACUUAAGUUCCGAACAUUUAAAAUUAUUUGUGGUCAUUUUGGUUAUUUCAUUAGGAUAUAUUACUAGACUGGUUAGAAUAUGGCGUUAUAACAAGCAACUUUUAAAAAUGUUGUUUUCAUGAUAUACCAACAACAUAAUAAUAAUAAUCACUGGCUAAUAGUUAUACAUUUAUGUCCCAAAUUUGAUAUUCCCAUUUACGUUUAGUGUUUUUAUUUUACUUAUCAUUUUUUAACAAAUAUCUCGUCGUCUUCCAAUGUAUUGUUCUUAAGCUAUUUGUAUAGCAUUUCUUUUAUUACUUUUUGGUAAGCUCAUGUUGAUUUAACAAUUUUUUUGCAUCUUAGGUUUUGUAUGUAUUUUUUUCUAUACAUAUAUUAUCGACUGUUACUUGAUGAAAAAUCGUGUUAAAAACUAUGUAUACGUAAAAACAUUGUUUUUCUUCUUCUUUUCUUUUUAUAUAGGCAGUACUGCCUGUUUUUCUUCAAUGAUGCCUUUCAUUCUGUUCCUAAAUUGUCAUUCAAUCUUUUCCUUGGGCGUCAUGUACUUCUUCUGCCCAAUGGUGACUUGUCCCUGGCGAGUCUUACUAUCCUUGAUUCAGACAUCCUGCUUAUGUGUUGAUUCCACUCUUCUUUUCUGUUCUUUACCCAGGUAUUUAUAUUGUCUACCCCACAUAUGCGUCUGAUUCCUCACUUCUUACCCUGUCCUGUAGGUGAUUUCCAGCAAUCCUUCUAAAGUCUUCCAUAAGUUAUUAAAUAAUAUAAAUCUUCCAUUGUUUUUAAUUUUCAAAAAAUUGAUUUUAGUAAUUUAUAAUUGAAUUACAGUCCUUUGUAUUUUCAGUGGGAUUCCUCCAGCUUAGAACUGUUAUCUUUUUUAAAUCAUCUGUCCCUUUUUCUUAUUUAUCUAUCUUUUUCUUCUUAUCUAUUUAUCUAUAUAUCUUAUUUCUUCAUCUCUGAACAUAAUUUUUAACGUUACCAUUUUCUUCAUAUACCUACCGAAUAUUAUAUUGUUUGAAUUUUAAUAUACCCUUUGUCUCCUUUACCAAACUCGAUCAUUUCUUUAUCUUGAGGUACUUAACAAUACAAUUUCCAAUGAAAUACCUCAUGCCAGUUACUAUUUUGACACAAAUUUAGCACUUACUUAAAUGUUUGUUACCUUUGAUUGUAUAGUAGCCUCCCUCUUAACCAGCUAAUUUGAGAUUGCCAUUUUGACCAAUCAAAUCGACGUACUUCGUAAAUUUAUAUUGAAAUUGUGCACCAAGAUAAAAAGAAAGAAUGUGCUUAUUCAGAAUAUCUGUUGACUAAACCGAGACAAUCGUUUUCGAGGUUUAUAUUUUGCAUCUCCGAGGUUUACAACUCUGAGGUUUAUAUAGGUUGCAUCAGAUUAUGUACAGUCACAAUCACUGAAUAGUUUACACCCUUUAAUAUCCAGUUAAAAUUAAAAAAAUAAAAUAAAUUUUUUUAAAUAAAAUUGAGUUAAAAUUUAAAUUAAAACGGCAGUUUGGACGCUUUUAAUAACUUCUUAUUUUAUUUUUCAAUACACACUAAAAUUUUUGACAAGCAAUUUGACAGUUAGUAAAUCCGUACGACACUGCGAUUUUACAGUAUUACAAUAUAAAAAUAAAGUUGUAAACUAUUCAGUGAUUGUGACUGUACAUCUCCGGUCAUUGAAUAGUUUACACCCUUAUCUAGUUACCGAUUUUUUUGAAUUUUUACCUCGUUUAAACACACUUUUUACGUCGAAGUAACGUUACCAGUGGCGAACCCAGAAUAAGUUGAUUAAAUUAAAAAACCAUAACAAAAUAAAUCUAUUUUAUAAAAUGUAACAAAAUGAAAAUUAAUAAAUGAAAAUUUAGGAAUUGCUCUUGUUUUUUAAUAGCUUGUUAUUUAAUUUUUAAAUACGCGCGAAAGCUUUUGACAAGCCCUUUGACAUUUAGCAUAUCCGUAUGACAUUGCGAUUUUACAGUAGGUAUUACAGUGUAAAAAUGAAGAUGUAAACUAUUCAGUGACCACAACUGUACAUAAUAUUUAACAGCUAAAACAAUAUACAGGGUGUCCCCGAGAAUAGUGCGUUCCUUAAAGGUAUAGGUAGAAGGCACCAUGUAGAGCAAAAAAGUCUUAUAACAUUUUUUUCUAAAUGCAACCGUUUGGCUAAAAAACCAAAAUACGUUUUGGUAUGCAAAUUGAAAUCUGACAACUAUGUAUACAAAAAUCUAAACAUAGACAAUCACAAUUCAAAAAUAGUUGCAGCAUGUUAGCCACAAGUAUUUACAUUAAACACUGUCUUCAUCCUAAACAAACAAACAAAUUCUUGUUUUGUUGGAUUUUCAAACAUGGGGUGGUACAAUUAUUUUGCAGGUGUACCUGACUGACCAACAUUUGUGGUGUCAAUAAACUAAAUCACAAACAGUUCUUGUACAGUGAUGCCAAAUUAGUUAAUUUUAUGAAAAUAAAAGUUCUCUUAUAUGGCGAACAAUGUAAUUUUUUUUGGAAACGGUUAACUUUAGAAAAAAAUGUUAUAGGACUUUUUUGUUCUACAUCGUGUAUUAUAUCCAUAUCUUAAAGGAACGCACUAUUUUCGGGGACACCCUGUAUAAUUGAUAUUACAAUGAUGCCAAGUUGUAGAUUUUAGACUUAGAUCUUACGGCACUGGCAUUUUCGCCUUCUUUAGAGCUGAAGAACCGACGUAUAUUCACUACGUAAGAUGCUGUUUGAUUUUAGGCAUGUAGUCUAUGUAUUUUCAAAAUAUUGACGCAAAUAGCCACUUUUGUCUUUCUUAAAACGCCAAAUACUAUUCAGAAAGUGCCAUGCGAAUGGGUUUGUGAUGUUCAGUGAGCGCAAGUGGUACCCAUUUUGUGUAAAGAUUCGUCAUGUUCAAUUUCUGUCGGAAGAUGUGGCCAACUCUUUAAUAUCGUUUGUAUGCGAAUCUUCCAAAAUCAUAUCGUUCACCUUGUCGAUAUGUUCCGGUAGGGUUGCAGUUUUUAGAUGUCUUUAUCAUGAAGUCUCAUUGAUACUUUCACAGCUUCGUUUAAAUUCGGCUGUUUAUUUUUUUUUCUCGGCCGAAAUUGAAGGCGAGGAGUCAUCUAUCAUACACAUUUUACAGGCCGUUAGUGAGCCUAAGAUUUCUUUCAUUUGUCUACUCUACCCACACAUUUUCGAUGGUGGUAAGGUCUGAACUCCGGGAAGUCCACGGAAGAACAUUAGCAUGAGUUUCUUUAACUAUUCUGGAACAAUUCUACUGAUAUGAAUCAGCCAAUUGUUCUGUUAGAAGAUGAAGUUGUUAUUGUGUAAUCCUCCCUGGAUCACUGAUGGCAACAUUGUGUUCUCAAGAAUAUUCUUUGUACCUUAUUCGUGUUAUUUUUUUCUGUAUGAGAAAAAACUGCCGGGCCUUCAGCACUUAUCCAUCCCCAUACGUUGACCGAGAAUUCAUUACUAUUUAAACCCAUAAGGAAAAACUUUCCUGUAGCUGGUUGUAUACCAUUAAUUACAAAAAUUGAAGAAAAAAAUCUUCUGUGUAAAAGGUAUAUUUAUUUGAAAACCCCAAUAAAGGACUACAUUAAAAGACAGAACGUUUUCGCUCUAGAGAGAGCAUCAUCAGUGUUCUAAGCAAGCUCUACAUGCUAAGCCACCAAAAAUACAUGGGUAAAAACCCUUAAAAUAUCGACUAAAAGUCUUACGUUGACGUGUUGUAUAUUAAAUCCUGGCGAUGGAUGAAAUUUACCUCAAAGCAUCAUAUGACUAGUCCACGAGCAUGUGGGUGGUUGAGUCGAUUUCUCUGUCUUCACAAAAACUCUUGUUGGCUUUUACCUUUCUCUUUGUGAAGACAGAGAAAUCGACUCAACCACCGACAAGCUCGUGGAAUAGUCAUAUGAUGCUUUGAGGUAUCCUUCUAAAUUUCAUCCGCCGCCAGGAUUUAAUAUACAACACGUCAAUGUAAGACUUUUAGUCGAUAUUUUAAGGGUUUUUACCCAUGUAUUUUUCGUAGCUUAGCAUGUAGAGCUUGCUUAGAACACUGAUGAUGCUUUCUUUAGAGCGAAAACGUUGUUUUUUAAUGUAGCCCUUUAUUGGGGUUUUCAAAUAAAUAUACCUUUUACACAGAAGAUUUUUUUUCUUCAAUUUUUCUAUACUAUUUCUUAAAUGAUGAGUACCGUUCGUCAAACCUAUGAUUUCUCGGCCUAUAAACUAUUAUUCGCCCAUUGUUAUAUUAUAAUACGAUCGAAACCCUUUUUUACAGAAAAUGCAACGUUAGACUACAAGUUGUUUUCACGGUUUAUGAGUUCAUUGCAUCUCCUCUUGUGAUCAUCAGUCAAAAAAGAUUUCCUUGCAGCUGCACAAUAUAUCAAUUCACUUGCUUUAAUCAUUCUAAGUGUAGUGCAAAUGCUGCCCUGAAACGCUGUCCCUUCGCUAGCUCAAUACCUCAUCUUAUUACUCUCUGGAGAUUUUCUGCCUCUUGAACCACCCAACCGUGCUAUAGAGUGAAAAUGAUCUCAUCUUUGUUUGAUGUUUCAUAUCGAUAGCUUAGUGUGAAAACUUCGUAUCUCAUUUCACAGAAAAUUUUACAGAAAAGACUUUAAACUGAAUUUCUGCAUACUCUAACUUAAAACAAAAAAAAUAUCUUUACAAAUUUUUGAUUCUGAGUACGUUUAGAUCAUUACACCUACAUUUUUCAUAUAUAUUUUGGGUUAGAGUAGGCAGAAAUUCAGUUUAAAUUCACUCACUCAUGAAAAAUUUUCUGUAAAAUGAGAUACGAGGUUUUCACACUAAGCUAUCGAUAUGCACAUAUAGCUCACGUUCAAAUCUGCAACAACUUGCCUGAGUGACCAACCUUCUUCGAGUUUGGCAAUUGCAUUUAUUUUUUGCGCAUUAUUCAAAUGCAGUCUAGGUAUUUUGGCACUGUGAUUUUACAGUAUUACGAUAUAAAAAUGAAGGUGGGGAUUAUUUGUCUGUUCCCCUUUGAAGCCAAUCAGUUAAAUUGACUUGUUCAGAGUGAGGCUACUGUAUUUGUACAUUGUUUCCUUAAUUUGACUAAACUAUUAUCGUUUGUAAAGUUCAUUCCAAUUUUAUUUAUAUAUAAUGACCGACAGAUCUGUACAUAACAAGUGUCUUUGUAUAUUUAAUUUUAGUUGAUAUUUUUAUAUGUGUAAUAUUAGAUGUAAGUAAUGAUACCAGCUCAAUAGUUUAAGUACUACAAUUAAUAAUAUUUCAUUGCUCUUUUUUUUUGUAAAAAUGUAAAUUUUAACUGUUUAGAAAAAUGUGUACAUAAAAUAAAGCUUGAAAUUGUAAGUCAAAAUGAUAAAAGUAUGAAAUUGUAAUUCACAAAAUAUAUAACCGACCAGUUUAAAAAAUCUCCAAAAAGUGAUUUUGUAAAUAAUGAAAGCAAGUACCGGUGUAAGUCUUUUAUGAAAUUGUAAAAUAUCUAAUGUUUUGGGUUUAAUUUGAGAUAAAGUUAUUUCAUAAUUGCUGACAAAACUACAACAUUUUGAAAUACUACUGUCCUUUGUUAUUCUUGCCUCAAACAUGACUUACUAAUAAUUACAGUAUUGUUCAGACAGAAAAAUCUAAAUUCUUAGUAUUAGGAUUGUGUAAAAAUAUUUUAUACCAAAUUUUGAAUUAAAAUAAAAUUGUUGAACUUUA